AUGUGGGUGCUAGGACUUGUGGUUGGGUUAUUCCCUUUGUUCAUAUGGUUGCUCAUAUCCUUCAAUGACUGGAGGUACUGUUUGACAUCCAAUAAAGGAGCAAAGCUUCCUCCUGGUAAUAUGGGAUGCCCCAUUAUUGGAGAGUUGAUCACCUUUUUGUGGCACUUCAAAUUCAUGGGUACACCUGACAAGUUCAUAUGGAAUAGAAUUGCCAAAUAUGGAAAUACUGGAAUUUACAGGACCCAUUUAUUUGGGUCCCCUUCUAUUAUAACAUGCUCUCCAGAGUUCAACAGAUUUGUGAUGGGGACUGAAACAGAAAAUGGCAGUUUUAUUGCAGGUUGGCCUUGUCCACGUCUCUUUGGAGAACAGUCAAUCAACAUGGUGGAAGGAGGGAGACACAAGCGUUUGAGACGUUUUCUACUGGAAGCCAUAAAUAAGCCCGAGUCAUUGCCGAAUAUAAUUAUCAGAUUGCAGCCUGCAUUUAAAGAUUCAUUUGAAAAUUGGGUUGUUAAGGGCAAAUUCAGUGCUGUUGAUGAAAUUAGAUCUCUGGCUUUCAGCAAUAUAUGUUCUUUACUAAUAAGCUUUCAGAGAAGUCCAAUGUUAGAAAAUAUGGAAAGAAUGUAUAGAGGCCUCCUUGCUGGAAUGAGAGCCAGUCCCAUCAAUAUGCCAGGAACUGCAUUUCAUUAUUCUCUUCAGUGCAGAAAGAGGUUAUCAGAGAUAAUAUAUUCUGAGAUUCGAUAUAGGAAAUCCAACAAGGGGAGUGUGAAGACAGAUUUUUUGCAAGAAUUGAUGGACUCGGUGGACUCCAAUGAUAAUAAAUUGAGUGAAGAAGAGAUCAUAGAUAACAUAACUUCCCUACUUUUAGGGGGAUAUGAGCCCACAGCCCUAUCAAUGAUGUGGGCACUAUAUUAUUUGUCUAAAUAUCCUAAAGUGCUUUCCAAAUUAAAGGAGGAAAAUAAUACCAUUUGGAUGCACAAAGGAGAGGAUAAGUUUCUAAAUUUUAAUGAUGCCAAGAAAAUGACUUAUACAACAAAAACAGUGGCAAAGGAUACAAAAUUUAAUGGUUACAAGUUUCCAAAAGGUUGGAAAGUGAUAAUUUGGCUACGUACCAUUCAUGUUGAUUCUCAAUACUUUAAAGAUCCACUCGAAUUUAAUCCUGAAAGAUGGGAGGAAGUUCAUCCUAAACCAGGAGUAUAUAAUGUGUUUGGUCUUGGCCCCAGACUAUGUCUAAGAAACAACCUUUCUAAAAUGCAGUUGCUAAUAUUUUUACAUCACAUAUGUAUUGAUUAUAAGUAA